GAAGCACCCAUGUGUGUAUCCGGCUGAAGUAUAAUCUGAAGUAAACCUGAAAUACAAUUAACAGACUGAUGAAAGAAACUAUGCACAUAUGCACUUUCUAUUUUUAACAUAUUCCAGCCCAUUUGCCAGAGGCAGAGUGCAGCACCAACAGGGUUACAUCUGUACACCCCAUUGUUUUCUUCGUUAUCAGGCUGUUUGAAUUGUAACAAUGGGCAGCCCGGAGAAUGAGGUUUACAGCAGUUUGGGAGGAACCUCAACUUAUUUGGAUGAAGUACCUUUUACAAUUUCUCAGAAGUUCCAGCGUGUUGCUUCAGAAGAACUCUCUCCACUAUCAAACCUCCUUGUGCCUGAUCGCACUGAGAUAGUGAUGAAAACACAGUACGAUUUUACUCUGGAAAAGAAGAUUCUAGAAUGGCUGCGAGACUGUUCCCUACGAGAGCCUCCAAGGCUUACACCAACAUGUCCACCAUUUUGGCUUGCGUUUUCCGAUCUUGAGGAAGAGGAUAAAGGUGACAUGAAUAAUAAUUCCCAGCAUGCUAAAGUUCAAAAUGACCACAUGAUUUUGCAGACCAAGAAGUUCAGAAGUUUCAGUGUGACAGACAUUAAAUAUGUUCGCUCUAAACCUGUAUACAAGUCAGACUCCGAAAGUGACGAUGGAUACUCAGAGGAUGAUGAGCUCUCAUCGUCUGAUGAAAAUGAAAAGCAGAGGUUUCCUUCAGUGCCACAUCUCAGGAACAAAUUUAAUCUUCAUUCCAGAUUGCUAGAUGGGAGACCAGCUUCAUCCCCUUUCUGUUUGGAUAGCCCUUCCAGAAGCCGACAGUGUGAGAGAUGUCUUAGUGCCAGCUUAACCCGACUCCCUCAUAUCACUAGCCAUAGGUCAUCUCCUCUUUGCAACAAUACUGAUGAUGAGGAAGAUGUUCAGAGGCUUGGAUCAAACUGGUCACAGGGACAUACACCAAGAAAACUUUGUAGAAAAUCUCUCUGUCAGCACCAAAACAAAAAAAAUGGGAAGAAUAUGAACUCAGAGCAAAUUAUGAUUGGAAGUCCACCAUUAUCAUCUGCACGAUGUCACCUGGAAAGGUCAUUGAUGUUCAGAGCAAGAAUUCCACUCAGAAAACACAAAUCACCGCUUUCGACCCUCAGUAAGCAUUCCUGCCUUCCGGCGCCUCCAUCAACUCCAAGACCUUUAUAUUCCCACAAAAUUCUCCCAGACUCUACUGCUGACCUACUACUGGCACUGAGUCAAAAAGAGCAGGACCUCAUCCAGCCACUGAUGAGACAGGGCUAUCCGAUAAGCAGAGUGAUUUGGGCGAUCCAGAAUGUGGGACAACAAAGCAGAAAGCAGAUCCUCAAGUAUCUGAGUGCCUGGGACCGUCUCUGUAAAGAGGGCUAUAAGGAAAGACUUGUCGAAGAAGCCAUGGAGUUCUUUCAGAAUUCAGAGGAAAAGGCAGCAGAAUUUCUGACAUUAAUGACACAGUUCGAUGAGAUGGGUUUUCAGCACGAUGAUAUUAAGGAAGUUCUCCUCAUCCACAACAAUCAUCGAGAAAAAGCAUUGGAGGAACUUAUGACACGUGCCAGAUAGUUGGAAAAAGUUACGAUUCUACCUGCUCUGGUUUUUGUAUUGCACAGUUAAGCAGUCUAAUCCCUGACCAUCUUAGAUGUGGCAUUUGUUUAUUUUUAUCCUUUUGUUAAGUAUUUGAAAAUGUAUCUGCCCUAAUGCAAAAUAGUGAGAGAUUGCACAGCUCUGAUGUGCAGUGGAAUCUGGGUGUCCUAGUGCAUGAAUAGCGAAAGGCCUAUUGGCAGGUAGGGAAGGCUAAUAAAAUAUUAUUUUUUAUUGCAGUGGUAAUUGAAUUCAGAAGUAGGGAGAUUAUGCUUCAGUUAUAUAGGGCUCUGGUAACUCCGCAACUAGAGUACUAUGUAUAGUUUUGGUCACUUUAAUUAAAAAUGGAUACAAAUACAUUGGAAGCAGUUCAGAGAAGGUUUACCAGACUAAUACCUGGAAUGGGUGUGACAUCUUAUGCAGAAAGGUUGGACAGACCAGGCUUUCAUCUGCUGGAGUUUAGAGCUGACUUGAUAGCAAUGCUUAAGAUCCUGAGGGGCCUUAACAGGGUUGAUGUGAGAAGGUUUAUGUCCUGUUAUGGAGAAUUUAGAUCCACAGCUCACUGAUGAAAAGUAAGGGGUUGCUUAUUUCAAGCAGAAAUUAGGCAAACUGUUUUCUCACAGAGUUGAGAGUCUUUGGAACUUACUUUGUGAAGGGGCAGUGGAAA